AUGAACGCUUCGCACAUGCCUCUUGCGACGCGGGACCGUGAAAAGUCCGGUUCGCGCCUUGUCCUUGUUGGACCUGUCGCGGGCGACGAAGGCGGGAGAGGAAUUCCCAGCAGCCUUGAGCCCGUUUCUCCCGUCGUCCACGAGCUUGAUGGAGGUCUGUUCCCCACCGUUCUGCCGCCCAUGUACCGCCACGAAUGGCGCAACUUGUCCACGACCAACACGCUGGGAAGUGACCACUCAACAGCUGGGAGUCUCACCGCGUCCCACUCUCUCGCCUCGCCGACCGCCACGGACCUUGCGUCUCCCACGACCACCAGCCCCGCGUCGCCCGGACCGACUGUAACGACCGAGUUACUGACACCUGUGUACACGUCCCAUGGCCACACUGGCAUUCCAUCUUGGUCCGACCCAUCAAUGGAAGAGCUUGCGACUGUGGAGGACCCUGACAUGGCACCCGUAUCCGUGGCAGGUGGACAUGGGCACUGA